AUGUCUCACGAUGAGUACGAAGAAUACUAUAUCGGAAUCGACGUAGGCACUGGCAGCGCCCGUGCUUGUGUUGUUGAUAAAAAUGGCAACAUAAUCGGUCUCGCCUCGCAAAGCAUCAAGACAUGGCAACCACAUGCGGAUCAUUACGAGCAGUCAACCACCGAUAUCUGGAACAGCAUCUGCACUGCAGUCAGGGAAGUGGUUGAUAAAUCUGAGAUUCCAAAAGCAAAUAUUCGGGGUCUCGCGUUUGAUGCCACUUGCUCUCUUGCUGUCUUCAGCACCCAGACUGACCGACCGGUUCCUGUCAGCGGCACAGCAGUCGGUGAUGCCCGCAAUGUCAUUCUCUGGCUAGAUCAUCGUGCAGUGGAUGAAACAAAAACGAUAAAUUUGACCAAACACCAAAUAUUGCAGUAUGUCGGAGGCGGCAUGUCACCGGAGAUGGAGAUGCCCAAGAUCCUUUGGCUGAAGAAGCAUAUGAAUUCAAGCACAUUUCUUGAUUGCAAAUUCUAUGACCUUGCAGAUGCACUCACAUACCUGGCUACUGGAGAAGAAGCCCGCAGCUACUGUAGUGUGAUUUGCAAGCAGGGAUACCUUGCAUCGGGAACCGAUGGGGAGGAAGGCUGGCAGACGGACUUUUUGACCUCGAUCGGACUCGAAGAUCUCGCGCAAAAUGAAUUUGAGCGACUCGGAGGAACAGACACUAAGAACGGCCGGUUUCUUAGUGCUGGCGAAUGCGUUGGUCCUUUGACCAAAGAGGCCGCCGCUGAUCUUGGGCUUUUGCCGGGAAUCGCUGUCGGGUGGAUUGGCACAGUUGGAGCAAAGGUCGAUCUGGGACUCGACAGUGCAGUAGACAUGAAAGAGCACGUCUCACAUCGACUGGCGGUGGUGGCCGGCACCUCGACAUGUCAUUUGGCCAUGUCGAAGGACGAGUUGUUUGUGAAUGGAAUCUGGGGACCCUACCGUGAUGUUCUCUUUCCCGGCGCAUAUCUUGCCGAAGGAGGCCAGUCGGCUACCGGCGAGCUCAUACGACAGGUUGUUGAGAGUCAUCCAGCAUACCGAGAAGCAAAAGAAGCAGCAGAGAAAUCUGGCACCCAUAUCUAUGAUUUCAUGAACGACUAUCUUCAGAAACAAGCCAAGGAGUCACAGGUGGCCCACGUCGCUCAACUGGCCAAACACUUCUUUUUUACGAUGAGUGGAGCCGUCGUUGGUUUGAAAAGCGACCAAUCUAUCAAAAAUCUAGCUUUGCACUAUUAUGGUGCACUUGAGUUCAUUGCACUGCAAACCCGCCAGAUUGUCGAUACUAUGAAUCAAUGUGGGCAUCAGAUAUCGACAAUCUUCAUGUCGGGCUCCCAGACCCAAAACAGCUUAUUGGUUCAUUUGAUCGCCUCCGCCUGCAACAUGCCAGUCGUGCUACCAGAGUACAUUCAUGCUGCUAUGUGUCACGGUGCUGCUAUGCUAGCGGCUAUGGCGGCCAGCACAAGCCCCGGAAAAGAUCCGAAGAGCCUGUGGGAGAUUACGGAUCAAAUGAGCAAGCCAGGCCGACGAGUUGAUCCUACUAACGAUGCCAAGGAGCAAGGUCUUCUCCAGGCCAAAUUUGAGGUAUUUUUGGAUAUGUGUUCCAGGCAACGGGAAUACAAGGAGCUUGUGGACAACAGACUCAGUGGCGCGACAGAGAAGAUCAUACGUUGA